AUGGAUGAGGAAUUGACACGCGCGGUUGAAGAGAAGUCGCAUGUAAUUGGCUCGAAGCACAAACUUCCCAUGCCAAGAGUAGGAAGUGGUAAGGGCAGUCCUCUGAAGCCUCGAAAAGUCCAUGUGUCAAGGAGACAACAACGGGUACGGGAAAAGCGUGGUUUCGAUCUAUCUGAAUUCGGACGCGAGCGGCGAGUCGCGCACCAAAAAGACAAGCCAUCUACGAGUACCGCAGGUGACAAAACCUUGAAUAAGUCAACAUCCCCACCACCAGAGACACCACCACCAGAAACACCACCACCAACAGCGCAAGAAACACCACCACCAACAGCGCAAGAAGCACCUGCCUCACCACCAGUGCAACAGACGUCUUCGCCAACACCUUUAUCGCCAGCAGCACCAGUAGCAGCAGAGUCGCCAAUUCCUUUUAAAGACAAUGGGCCUCUGAGUUUACAGAUCAGAGACGAUUCACAAGUCGAGGCAGCGUUCAACGAUUUCAGCUGUUGGCAGCGAUGUCACAAGACGGCGAGACGUCUUCAUUAGGGUCUGACGUUAGUGAUCAGGCGACGGAUGAUGAACUAGGCCUCUUUGAACGAGAGAUAGAAAAAUGGCAGCGAGUUGAAUCGCGGAUAGAAUAUGCUAUUCGCGACACGUGGUACGAAAUAUCCAAAAAUACCACACCGGAUCCAAGGGACAGUGAAAUUUUGGAGACGCUUGUUACCCUGCACAACAUGUCAAACGCUGUGGCAAACUCAAUGGCCCAUCUUAAAGGGUAUCUUGUACAGCAGUGUCACCAACGUGAAAACUGGGGGAAAGAACUCGAGAUUACACGAGACGAAAUAUCUUCUGGAAUUCGUGCAGCGGAAUAUUCAGAGUAUAUUUCAUUGAUAACGCAAUGUGCACGUGGUGAUUGCCAAGAGUGUACUGAGGUGUUGGAAUUUGACGGUGCCUACAACAGGUAUGAUGAAUUGUUUUCCUUACUGUCGUUAACCGCGGGAAAUGUGAUUGUGUUAUGACGUCACUAGUAGCAUUUAACACAGGAUAUAAUAUCUAGGUGAUGGACGAAUUCACUCAUCAUUUGUAACAAAUAUCAAUUAGGUUUUGUUAAGUGCAACCAGUGACGUCUGCAUAAUUCUAGACAAUUUUCACAGAAAAGCGAUAAUUUUCACAUGUGAAAUUAUCAUAAAUAAUUAUCAUUAAUGGGAAAUUCACGAUUUCGAUUCGUACGUGAAAAAAAUAAGAUAAACAUAAGAUAAGAUCUACACGACAUAACCGCCUUACAGCUAUCUAAUGCACUCCAAUCUUCGCGAAAGUUAUAUUUUAUGACGUUAAUAAUGCAACUAAGAUGUGCUGUAAUUGUGUUAGGCAUUAGUUUUCUAACUUUUGAUAGAUAAUCGACAUAUUCACAAAUUAGCGUGUCCGUAUUAAAAAUAUUGAGAGUCACAACUGGUACAUUCCUGUGAUGGAUACAGAAAUAUAAAAAACAAUAUAUUCUUUCGACUAAUUUAUCUAGAGUUUGUUUUGCGAAAGGGCGGGCCAUUACGUUUGGGGUCAAUUCAAUUGUAUAAAACUUACAUAGUUCGUUCACUUCAGUGUUUACGAUUUCGCCAGCCUCUUGUUUGCUUAAUUUGUAGGGAAUCCUGCAUCUCUUCCCUGAUUGUGGUGUGGAUUCAUUGCCGCUGUUGCUGGUCAUACCGCGACUGGAAGGAGGCGUAGGAAAUUCUGCUGGGCUGACGGCAACAACUUUACACACUUGCUUUGAUGAAGUUGGUGUCGCAGUUUCGACAAUCUCCAUCUUUUGCGACGACGAGGAAGUAACAGUCGCAGCAGCGUUCGACGUAUUCAGCGAUAAUGUAGUUUUCGGUGUCGCAAUAGUUCCGUCAUCGUCUUCUGAACUUCCGUCAUCGCUAUAG